CGGUUAGCGAUGCAAUGUGCCAAGUCAACUCGUAGACGCUGUCUUGUGAGACCUGUCCUGACAAUGAAGAGUUCAGCCCUAUUUGUUCUAUUCAUCCUGGCCUUGGGCUGCAUCCCAGAUGUUGCCAGUGAAGAUGAAAUUCAGGAUCCAUGUAGUGAUUUCCGGGAGUUUGCAAAUAAAGAAGGGAGGCUUGCCUGCACAAGAGAAAAUGAUCCAGUCCUUGGCCCUGAUGGCAGAACCUAUGGCAAUAAGUGUACCAUGUGUGCAGAACUCUUCUUGAAAGAAGCUCAAGACAGAGAAAAGGAAAAUGUCAGGAGAGAUCGCAGAGAUGCUGAAAAGGAAUUUUGCAAAAUCUUUGAAAGCUCAGUGAUAAACGGAGGACUUUCCUGUUUUCGAGAGAGAGAACCUGUCCGAGGUCCUGAUGGAAGAAUUUAUGAUAGUAGAUGUUUAUUCUGUGCAAAAUACUUCAAAAAACAAUAUGAAAAGGAAAAGGAGACAAGGAAUAGAGAACGUAGGAUGUCUGAAGACAAGGAAAAACUUAAAAGUGAAAUUGAGGCAAUAUGCAGUCAAUUCCGGGAUCAGCUGAGAAAUGGCAGACUCUUCUGUACCAGGGAGAGUGACCCUGUCCGAGGCUUUGAUGGGAAGCAUUAUGGGAACAAAUGCUCCAUGUGCAAAGCCUUCUUUGAAGCAGAAGCUAUAGAAAGGAGAAGAAAUGAAGAGAAUUCAAGGAAUAAGAGAGAAUCAGCAAACCCCACCUCAUUCACAGAGCUGUGCAGUCCAUACCGCAGCUAUGUGAGGGAUGGACGAAUAGCCUGCACAAGAGAGAAUGACCCUAUUCUGGGACCUGAUGGCAAAAUACAUGGCAACACAUGCUCUAUGUGUUCAGUCUUCUUUCAACAAGAAGACAAAGAAAAGGCAGCUGCAGAGGCCAGUGCAAUAACAAAGAGAGACACCUAUGAGAAUCUGUGCCAUGAAUUCCAAGACCAAUUAAGAAAUGGGAAGUUUGUGUGCCCCAUGAAGAUUGCUCCUAUCCGAGGCCCCGAUGGCAAAAUGUAUCGCAACAAGUGUUCCAUGUGUAUCAGCAUCUACCAACAAGAAGCCACAGAAAUGGCAACUUCACAGGCAAAACCAAAGGCAAAGAGAGAAACAGAUAAGGAUCUGUGUAGUGAAUUCCGGAACCAAGUAAGGAAUGGGAACCUCAUCUGCACCAGGGAACAUGAUCCUGUCCAGGGCCCUGAUGGCAAAAUGCAUGGCAACAAGUGUUCCAUGUGUUCCAGCCUCUUCAAAAUGGAAGAGGAAAAACUGGAAGCCAAAGAAAAAGAGAAGAAAGAAGUAGAUGCAGAAAAAAAGGAGAAGAGAGAAGCAAUUCAGGAGCUAUGCAGUGAAUACAGAAACUACAUAAGGGAUGGAAGACUUGCUUGUACUCGAGAGCAUGACCCGAUCCUGGGCCUGGAUGGCAAGAUGCAUGGCAAUACAUGUUCCAUGUGUCAAGCCUUCUUCCAACAAGAAGCCAGAGAGAAGGUUGCUGAAGCAUCCAGACCAAUUACGAAGAGAGAAGUUACAAAGGAUUCAUGUGAAGAAUUUCGGAGUCUUAUGAGUAAUGGAAACCUUUACUGCACCAGAGAAAAUGAUCCUGUCCGGGGCCCAGAUGGAAAAACACAUGGCAAUAAGUGUGCCAUGUGUAAAGCUGUGUUCCAGAAAGAAGAUGAAGACAAAAAGAAGAAAGAUGAAGAUCAGAGAAAUACCGAAGGAAACAACCAUGGGGGUGGUGGAGGAGGAAAACCGAAGGACCAAUGUACUGAGUUUCUGGAAGAAUGGAAAAAAGGAGGUCUCAGUUGUACCCGUGAGAAUGACCCUGUACGUGACGCCAGUGGCAAAUCCUAUAAUAACAAGUGUACCAUGUGUAAGGAAAUCCUAGGUAAGGAAGAUGAGGCCAAGAAAAUGACUGCUUUCAGGAAUAACAAUAAUAGCACUCCUGGAAAGGUCAACUGUGAUGAGUACCGGAACCAGAUGAAAGAGGGUAAACUGAUUUGCACACGAGAAAGUGACCCAGUGCGGGGUCCUGACGGCAAGACCCAUGGCAAUAAGUGUGGCUUGUGUAAAGAAAUAUUAGAAAAGGAAGCUCAAGACAAGAAAAGCAAUGAAGAAAAAAGCAGCAAGGACAAGGAUCUGUGCAGCGAGUACCGGAGUCUAAUUAAUAAUCAAAAAUAUGUAUGCACCAGAGAGAACGAUCCCAUUCAAGGCCCAGAUGGCAAAACCCAUAUCAAUAAAUGUGCCAUGUGCUAUUCUUUAUUUGAGAGAGAAGCCAAUGAAAGGAAAAGAACCAAAGAAGAAAACAAGUCCAAUGGAAAUAAAGCAGAUGGCAACAAGGAAUGUCAUGAUGUCCAGAACCAGCAGAGCAGUGGCAAUCAUGUGUCUUCCAGGGCUGCUGACCCUGCUCAGGUCCAAGCAAUAGUGAAAAGAAAAGGUAAUGAAAAAGAAAGAGUUGAGCUCAAUGGACUCACUGAGGAUCCUCAUAAAAAGUCAACACAGCCUUCAAGUUUUGCGGAUCUGUGCCAUGAGUUCCAGGACUUUAUAAGAGGUGACAGCCUCAUCUGUACCCGGGAGAAUCAACCUUUUUAUGAUGCCAAUGGGAAAUUCUACAGGAACAAAUGUGCCAUGUGCAGAGAAAUCAUGAAAAGAGAAAUUGAUAAGAGAAGUAAAGAAAAUUCAUCUGACAAGUCACUGGAAGAUAAAGACCAAAGUAAACCAUUUUUUUCUGAGGAAUCUGAGAUGUGCCAGCAGUACAGGGUUAUUCCCAGAGUGGGUUACCUGUGCCCAAAGAGCUUGCAUUAUGUGUGUGGUGAGGACGGCAAGACAUACAACCAUCCCUGUUUGCUGUGUCAUGAAAAUCUGCUACAUCAAACCAACAUCCGAAUGCUAAGGGAAGGGAAAUGUGAAGAUGGGCCUUCAGGAACACUUCCCCACUGAUUUCUUAAGGCACUAAUAAAUGAAUGAUGAAUAACUUGAAAUGUUGAGGGAAAGAUUCGAAUGUUCAGCCCUGGAAAGUCUGCCUUCACCCUUCUGUAUAUAUAAGGAACUCUUCUGAGCACAUGUUAUUUACUGUGCAGAACAAUCCUGAGCUGCUGGGGAAAAGACAUACUGAUUUUCAGUCUUCCAUCCUUCUCUUCCCGAACUCUAUGAUCUUGGUGUGGAGACACAUGCUGCAUCCAGCCAGUGCUCUGGGGCCCCUGGUCACGGUGCUGU